GGCGGUCCCAGGCCGCUUGCUCGCGCCGCCGCUCCGCGUGCGCCCUCCGCGCUCCAGUCGGCGGGAGCCCAGGUGCCAGUGGGCUGGACGCGCCUGAGGAUGUGCCGCUGGCCGCUGCUCCUGCUGUGGGGGCUGCUCCCCCGCGCCGCGGCGGGGGGCUCGGGCUGGCCCUUCCCGCACCGCACGCUGCUGGACUCCGAGGGCAAGUACUGGCUGAGCUGGGGCCAGCGGGGCGGCCGGCUUGCCUUCCGCCUCGAGGUGCGGACCGCCGGCUACGUGGGCUUCGGCUUCUCGUCCACCGGGGCCAUGGCCGCGGCCGACAUCGUCGUGGGCGGGGUGGCCCGCGGGCGGCCCUACCUCCAGGAUUAUUUUACAAAUGCAAACAGAGAAUUGAGAAAAGAUGCUCAGCAAGAUUACCACCUAGAAUAUGCCAUGGAAAACAGUACACACACAGUAAUUGAGUUUGCCAGAGAACUGCAUACGUGUGACCUAAAUGACAAGAGUAUAACGGAGAGCACGGUAAGGGUGAUCUGGGCCUACCACCAUGAAGAUGUGGGAGAAGCAGGUCCCAAGUACCAUGAAUCCAAUCGUGGUACCAAGAGUCUACGGUUAUUGAAUCCUGAGAAAACCAAUAUGUUGUCUACAGAUGUACCAUACUUUGACCUGGUCAAUCAAGACGUUCCCAUCCCAAACAAAGGUACGACAUACUGGUGCCAAAUGUUUAAGAUUCCUAUGCUCCAGGAAAAGCAUCAUGUCAUAAAGGUUGAGCCUGUGAUUCAGAAAGGCCACGAGAGUCUGGUCCAUCACAUCCUGCUCUAUCAGUGCAGCAGCAACUUCAGUGACAGUGUCCUGGACGACGGGCACGAGUGUUACCACCCUAACAUGCCCGAUGCCUUCCUCACCUGUGAGACCGUCAUUUUCGCCUGGGCCAUUGGUGGAGAGGGUUUCUCCUAUCCACCUCAUGUUGGAUUAUCCCUUGGCACUCCGUUAGAUCCUCAUUAUGUGCUCCUGGAAGUCCAUUAUGACAAUCCAACAUAUAAGGAAGGCUUAAUAGAUAAUUCUGGAUUGAGAUUAUUUUAUACGGCAGAUAUAAGGAAAUACGAUGCUGGGGUUAUUGAGGCUGGCCUCUGGGUAAGCCUCUUUCACACCAUCCCUCCAGGCCUGCCUGACUUCCGGUCUGAGGGUCACUGCACCCUGGAAUGCCUGGAAGAGGCUUUGGAAGCUGAAAAGCCAAGUGGCAUCCAUGUUUUCGCUGUUCUGCUCCACGCUCACCUGGCAGGCAGAGGCAUCAGGCUGCGUCAUUUUCGCAAAGGGGAGGAAAUGAGAUUACUCGCUUACGAUGACGAUUUUGACUUCAAUUUCCAGGAGUUUCAGUACUUAAAAGAAGAACAGACAAUCUUACCAGGAGAUAAUCUAAUUACUGAGUGUCGCUACAACACAAAAGAUAGAGCCCGGAUGACUUGGGGAGGAUUAAGCACCAGAAAUGAAAUGUGUCUCUCAUACCUUCUUUAUUACCCAAGAAUCAAUCUUACUCGAUGUGCAAGUAUCCCAGACAUCAUGGAGCAACUUCAGUUCAUUGGUGUUAAGGAGAUCUACAGGCCAGUCACGACCUGGCCUUUCAUUAUCAAAAGCCCUAAGCAGUAUAAAAACCUUUCUUUCAUGGAUGCAAUGAACAAGUUUAAAUGGACUAAAAAGGAAGGUCUUGCCUUCAAUAAGCUUGUCCUUAGCCUGCCGGUCAACGUGAGAUGUUCCAAGACAGACAACGCAGAGUGGUCGAUUCAAGGCAUGACAGCAUUACCUCCAGAUAUAGAAAGACCGUAUCAAGCAGAGCCCUUGGUGUGCGGAGCUUCUUCCACUUCCCUGCGUGGAAAUGUCUGUCUCGAGCUGCUCCUGAGCUUCGUGGUCCUGGGCAGCACACUCAGCACCAGGAGCUUCUGCCCGUAAUUCUGUCCUGCUCGGUGACCAUGGCUUUCCGUGAUCUGAGCCUGACAUUUCACGUGCAGGUUAAGGACAUUAUGAGGUGUGAAGGAUGAGGGUGAAGACCUUGGAGACUUCUUUCACAGGUUCCCUUCCUUCUGUCCCCUCUUCCUUCCCAGGCUUCCUGAGAGAUGUCCGUCAGGUUCUCAUCUUUUCCUCAGAAAUAUCUGGUAAAAUGUAUGAAUCGUUCAGUAAAGCAAAAUUGACCUUACAUAACCUCUUAAAAAAAUUGGACAAAGUCAAGUGGAAGUAAAAGACUUCUUUAUCUCCUGUAUUUCAUUUUAUUGAAAUACUUGUUGCUAUUUUACUUUUUAAAAUUAUUGAUUUGAUUUCUAUAUUCCUCUUUUUAAAUGUUUUUAUCUUAAAGGUGUAAAUGGAAGUACUCUCCAUUCCAGAGUUCUUCCUCUUCACUGCUCUUUGGGGUGAUUUCCGCAAUGGAACAGUGGUUCCUCCUACGUUCUUGUAAUAUCUGGUUCUGUCCUUCUGUGAAUUACCCAUGGGCCCCUGACCUCAACGCUUUCUGAUGGUGUCUAGUCGGCUCGUUCACCUGAGUCUGAGUCCCAAACUACCCUGAACGCAUCUGUUUUUCCCCCUUCCUUGCUCAGCACUGGCCAGGUGAGUUUUUUCCUUGAGCUUGUCACUAUCCAAAAAGAAAGAAGCUAUAGAAAACACAGCCAUGGUACAUCACUGAUUGUAGGCUGAGGAGAAAAUGUAGCUGGCUGCAAACUCAGUGCUGUGAGGGGUCUUUUGUGAAGGUCCAGGACAAAGGCCAGAGGGUGUGACCCAGCUGAGGAGGAUGUGAGGUCCUCUCUGACCAUGUUGGGUAUCACACGUGUUGCAUACUGGCUCAGUUUGAGUCACAGUUGCUAUUGUAGAUUUAUUUUUAUAUUAGUUAAGAAACUACCUUUCCAAAAUAAAAUUGUCACCAAUCUUGUCCCCUUUUUUGUUCUUUUGGUAUAGAUCAGCCAAAUCUUGUCUUGUGUCUUUUGCUCAUUGUCUUAAGCUAAGUUUGUUUGGAUCAUAUUAAUAAACUAAAUGAAAUUAA